AUGGAAGAUAAAUGUAAGAGUGACAGUGCUUCACUAGGCGAUAGGGAGCACGCUGAACACACGCUAGGUUUGAUUUGGAAUAUAAAACUAGAUACGUUAAAUUUCUCCAUAAGUCUUCGUAAUACACCUACGGAAGUCAUCGAAGGUGUACGACCGCCUACGAAGUGUGAGAUAACGAGCACUGUGAUGUCAGUUUUCGAUCCAUUAGGACUCGCAUCACACAUAACGGUGCAAGGAAAGUCACUGAUUCAGCAAGCAUGGAGAUUAGGCAUAUCUUGGGAUGAUCAAGUUCCACACAAAUUGGACGUGUUAUGGUGCACAUGGUUAACGGAAGUUAAGAAAUUAGGUUAUCUAGAAGUACCUAGAUCCGUUGCUGAAGGCAUGAGCAGGGGGGAGUUACGUACGUUCACGGACGCUAGUGAAAAAGCGUAUUAUGUCACCGCGGUGUAUUAUGUCACCACGGACGAGCGAGAAGAGAGCCGAAUUACACUAGAAUCUGCUAAAGCACGAGUAGCGUCGUUGAAUCCGAUUACCAUUCCAAAGCUUGAAUUACAAGCAGCUCUUAUAGCAGCUGACUAG